CGAUUAUUUGUAUAUUUUUAAGAGUUGCAGAUAAAUUCUUAUUAAAUGACUGAUUCAUCAUCAAAACAUCAUCAAAAUACAUUGUUAACGAAUAAAAAGACGGGUCCUAGUGUUUUAUCUGGAGAGGAUUUACCUGCACACCGCCAGGCCAAAGUUCAUAAAACUUUUAUUGUUCAUGGACGUCAUCAUAUAAGAGUACCUUCAUAUGGCAGAAAUUUAAAUAAAAUAUAUAAAAACACUGCUUCUACAGUGACGGAGAAUACAGAGUUAUUGAUUGAACCGAAGAGCCCUGUUUCAUAUGAAGGUUUAUCAAAGAAACCAGAGUUAUUAGUUAAAAAAGAAGAUGUUGAAAAAAAUACAGAAAAUACAGAGAAAAAUCUUAAAGAAGAUCAAUAUGUUGAUGAUAAGAAGGAGAAAGAUGUGGAAUCUUUAAAAGAAACAGAAAAAACGGAAAAUUUGGAAGAAAACGGUUUUUCAUCAGCAAAUAUAACAAUUUAUCCACUUGAAGAGAAAAAAGAAGAUUAUCAUGAAGACUAUGAUGAUAGUUCUAAAGCAGAGCAUAUUACUAAGCGUCUUGUAUCAAUGACGAAUAACCAAGCAGCAGUUCCAUAUUUAACAUGUGAAACAGCAAUGGUAAAAAAUAUAGCAACUACUCAAUUAACAUCUACGAAAGAAUUUUCAUCAAAUGUUUUACCAUCAUCAGAUAACCUAGGUAAACCAUCUGCUGAGUCAUCAUCAAUGAAACCUCCAACAGCAAGUAUGCCAAAAUAUGUUACUUCGGAACCUUUAUCUAGAAAUCCUAUUAAUCGAACACAGCAAAAGCUUUUGUUGCAGAGAGAAUUAAGUUUAUCAUCUGUUAAACCACAAUCUAACAAGGAUCAUGAUCACCAGGAAUUUAUACAAGAUCAAAUUAAUCGUAUUAACAAAGAAUAUUCUAAUAUUUUACGUUUAUCUGAUCCUUUAAAACAUGUUAUUUUAAAGUUAUUCCAUGAUGGCUCUUUGGAAGGAAUUAAAAAUAUACCAAGUUCAUUAAAUCAUAAAACCACAGAAGAGAAAUUGCCUAAAAAUACAUCUAAAUUUUUUGAUUUGAUAGGAAAACGUGAAAACGUUUUUAAGGAAUCGAAUAAGUCAACAAUUGAAUAUAAUGAUAUAUUAUCAAUUCAAACUAUUCUUGAAGAAAUGUGGAAAAGCAAUGAAAACACUUCAUAACAUAAAAUUAAUAGUGUUUUUCUUAUUAGGGAUGGAAUGAUUAAUU